AUGUUGUCAGUCAACGAGGUUAUUGUAUUUUCUUCCAGGCAUAUCAUACCAGUACUUAAUCCAGAUGGCUACGAGUACAGUCUGAAUAACGAUCGACUAUGGAAGAAGAACAGAAGAAAAGUCAGCGAAUUCUGUUAUGGAGUGGAUCUCAAUAGAAACUUCGAAUACAAUUGGGCUAAGCAGGGUUCCACGAGAUCUGUAUGCAGUGAUACCUUUUGUGGACGUGCACCAUUCUCCGAACCAGAGACCCAAGCUUUUAAGAAAUUAACAGAUGGUCCACGUUUCCAUGGAUAUCUGUCCAUUCAUUCUGCUGGCACGAAGGUUUUAUUUCCAAUGGGAGUCACUAGUAGUGACCAUGUGGACCAAAUUACUAUGACCAAGGCGAUGGCACAGGCAAUGCGUGGCGUUCAGAACUAUCAGUUUAUUAGUGGUGACAUCCAUGCUAUGGGGAAAGUAGGCUACGGCAUGGCCAUAGAUUGGAUGUACUUCACAAAAAAGAUCAAACAUUCAUACAUUGUAGAGACGAGAGGACAAAACGGACUGGAUGUUCUUGCACCAAAAGAUAUUUUACCAGCUGCCAAAGAAGUACACAUUGGCAUAAUGAAAUUUGCUGAACUUUUUAACUCAUAGUUAUUGAUGUUUA